AUAUCCAGUGACGCAAUCACGCAGAGUUUCCGCAGUGACGGCGCCUCUCGGGUUCAGCGUCUCAGACCUUGUGGUGCCCUUUAACUUGGAAGUCCAAACAACUGUACCGUCAUGGCAUCUCAAGUGCCAGGGCUUUCAGCUCUGACUAAACCCGGGUUAAUACCGGGUUUUAAGGUUUCUAAAGAUCAGCUGAUCACCAUCGUUCCUGUUGCAGUGGCCGCGGCUCUGAGCACCUACCUGCUGACACGCUACUUCAGUUCACAGAGCAGCCCCGAAAGCAGGGUCAACAUGUCAAUCAACAAAGACAGCCCCAAAGUAGUGCACAGCUUCGACAUGGAGGACAUCGGCAACAAGGCCGUCUACUGCCGCUGCUGGAGGUCCAAGAAGUUUCCAUACUGUGACGGCGCACACACCAAACACAAUGAGGAAACUGGUGAUAAUGUCGGACCUCUGAUCAUUAAGAAGAAAAAUCCCUAAAUACUCAGUGAGUGUGUGUGUUUGCAUCAGUGUUUUCCAUCCACUGGCGAUGAGGAUUUAAUAUUACAAUUACUGUAAUUCUCAAUGUUAAUGCAUCUCAUUCACACCAGGGCUUCCUGUAGCACUGCAGACAUGCAUCAGCAAACAUACUGUAUUUCCUGUAAACAUGCAGUUUUACACUUGGUCUUCCUCUCUGCCUCUAACACAAACCAUAUCAUUGAAAUGUGCUUUAAAUGUACUCAAAAAUAACUUGGCACUACAAUGCAGAUGAAUGUGGAUGAGAGGGGGUCAGAGCUACUACGCACAGUUUGAUGAACAUUUUGGUAAUUAUGACUUGAACAUUUGUGUAGUUUUUACUAUAUUAGGUGUAAAACUAAACCAGGUUCCAUUUAAAAACAGCAUAGAAAUAUAAUUUCUAUCAUGAUGUGUAAUUCGGAGGCCAUGUGUAUUUUGCUGUACGAUGAAGAUGUACAUUUUGAAUAAAUGUAAUU